GUUUACACGCGUUUUAUGUACGAAAAUUGUGUGGAAAAAUCUUGGAGCAAUGGCACAGGGAGGAGGAUUUAGCGGCACAGGGAAGCUGCGACAGUUCAUGUGCAUCGAGUACCCGGGCCUUGUGAAAAAUGUUGACAAAAUGCUCGAGACUCUCGGAGGCGUGGAGAAGAUAUCGGAGGUGUACUGUGAAGAUAACCGUAGGAUGGAGUUACGUUUCCGUCCUGAUGACGUCUACUGCAAACCUACCUGCGGAGAGCAGCACAACUCCACGGCUCUGUUGUUACGUGUUGUCCGCAGAAAGAAAAAGAAGAAAAAACCAGAGGAGGCUGAUCCAAAGGUUCCAGAAGCAGUUGCCGGGAGUAGUUCCGAGGACCCCACCCCACCGGAGGGAGACUCAAGCACCUCAGUGAGAUCAGAACUCAUAGGCGUUGUUCAUACUAUGUACAAAUUUAACAAUCUGUGUGACUUUCAAUAUGUUCCUCUAGUCAACACCGAAGACAGCCAUGCCCAGGAGUGUGUCUAUGACCAGCUUGUCCCUCAGGGAAUGGAAAAGGCCGACUGGCUUAACCGUCCUGCGCCCUUGUUUCUACCCCCAGCGGCCUUCACGCGCAUGGAUGCUCCUCAAGACUAUCGCUACAGACGAGAAGCCAACAGCGACUCCAAAUCCAGAGUGCCACAGAAUAUCAUCUGUCGGACACGUCAGAGGAGAACUCACUUUGCCAUCUUCCAUUCCUUUAAGGAUGAUGAAGUGCCCAAAGACCCCCUACCUGGAGCAAUGUCACAAAUCCGCAUUAAGUUUAUGGACAAUGCAUUCUAUCAGGGUCUCAGGGAGGAAUUUGAUAAGCGACCAAUCUGGUCCAAAAAUGCCCUGCAGGUUUGGCUGGGAUAUUCCAAGGAUAAACUCAAGUACCUGCUCCCCACUCUCUCCUAUUACUUCCACACGGGGCCCUGGAGGAACCUCUGGGUGCGACUGGGAUAUGACCCCCGUAAAGACCCCAACGCUUGGAUCUACCAGACCUUCGACUACCGCAUCAGGCAAGCAGGUGGUGUCAAAACUAAAGUUGAGGCAAAACGCAGCUACUCCAACUACGUCCUUCCUUACAAGAGUUCAAACACCUCUAGAAGAAAGACUUCUGUGAUCCAGUCACUGCACCUUGGGGAGGCUGGGGAGGACGGGAACGAGGAAGCUGCAGGUAAAGAGAAGAACCUGGAGGAGCUCUACAUCUUCAGGCCGGGGAUGAUACCUCCGUACAGGCAGAUGUUCUACCAGUAUUGCGACAUCCACGUGCCAGAGAUUCAGAAGUUGUUAGAGGAGGCCAUCCUGACGGGAGCCAAUAAGGUGUGCUCGGAGAAGUACGGUUGGCUGCCAGCAGGAGUCGAAGUCAAGUGCCGCGACAUUAUCUCACACCUCAUUGAGAAAACCAUCGCAGAGAGGACUGCUCAAGGCCAGGGCUUGGACGAGGAGGAGCUUAGGUCAAACUCUGACACCGAUUCCCCAACAGAAGGCAAUUCAACAGAAGAAGAGACAGGAUAGCACCAUUUCUCUUCGUUAUUAUCUUUUUUUAUAUGUGUUGCAAUUGAAUUAAACUACAUUUGAUUAA